GUUAAAUCGAAGCCGUCCGAAUCCUGUCAAGCUUGACUUGUCGCCGCUGCCUUUCUUCCUGCUUGGACAGCAUCCGAUGGUUCACCUCCUUCUCCGGCCGUCUCUCCCUUUGCCAUCCAUACCGAUUCGCGACUCAAGCGCAUCAUGAGCGCCUCUUACAGAUAUCCGCACGCCUACCCGCAACACCAACCCUCAUCGCCAUUUGAUCGUAUUUUCACUUCUUCCAAAGGUGCCUGGGUCGCUGCUGGAAUCGCCAUACUCUACCUUGCCUACACAUCUGCACUACCUACCAUACUCGCUGGUCUUGUCUGGAAUGUCUUGGUCUUACUCACUCCUACCACUCUCGUCCGUGCUGUCGACAAGAGAAGAAAUCCAACUUUGUACGACGGCCGCAACACACCUCAAUCGAGUAGCGACAACUACGCAUACAAGAGUGAAGCCAUGAGAAGAGUCUUUGGUCUUGGUUCUGGUUCGAUUGUUGCACUGCCGGGCGCAAGCUCUUUGAGAAGAGCCAGUUGGCUUGGAGGUCUGACUUCUCCAUCCGACGCCCCACCGGGUCUGGGAAACUGGGACAACUCAUGCUAUCAGAACAGCGUACUGCAAGGCCUAUCCGCUUUCCAAUCUCUUACCGCUUUCUUGGAACAGUCAGACGUAAUCAACUCCGACGACACAACCACAACGCUUGGCUCGAUGCGCGAACUCAUGGCGAAACUGAACGACUUGUCGAACAACGGCUGUCGUAUCUGGACUCCGGCCAAGCUCAAGUCCAUGAGCAGCUGGCAACAACAGGAUGCCCAAGAAUACUUCUCCAAAAUUAUGGAUGACAUGGAGAAAGAGACGAUGAAGGCUUUCAAGACUUCCCCGGGUACAGCAGGACUUCAGGAAGUCAAUUCGUUAGACACGGUCAAGGCCUCGAAUCCUAGGAGUGAGAGCGUAAACAGCACUUCCGACGCCAUUGACUCUCAAAGACGUAAUCCCCUGGAUGGCUUCCUUGCUCAACGAGUUGCUUGUACCAGCUGUGGAUUUUCUGAAGGCCUCUCCAUGAUCCCUUUCAACUGUGUUACGGUUCCGCUUGGCAGAAACAACAGCUACCAGAUUGAGGACUGCUUGAACGAAUAUACAAGUCUGGAAGAAAUUACUGGUGUCGAAUGCGCAAGAUGUACCUUAUUGCGAACAAAGUCGCAGCUUCAGCACAUGACAGCCGAAUCUACCGACAUCACCGACCACUCUGUUCCUUCUUCGGUGUCAUUGCCUCCAGAACUUCGAUCGAUGGUCCUUCAAAGGUUGCAAGCCGUGGAGCAAGCGCUCGAAGAAGGAGAUGUAUCUGACGACACCCUGAAUAAAAAGUGCCAGAUACCCAAGAAGGCGCGGGUGUCCAGCACCAAAACCCGUCAAGCCGUGCUCGCUAGAGCGCCGCAAUGCUUGGUGAUCCACGUAAACCGAAGCGUUUUCGACGAGUACACAGGUGCUCAAAGCAAGAAUCUUGCAGAGGUGACAUAUCCCAAAGUUCUUAAUCUAGGUCCAUGGUGUUUGGGUACCACGCAGAAUGCCGGAGACCAAGAAGAAUGGCGUAUGAAUCCCUCGAGGUCAAUGAUUGGACGUUCUGGUGAUGAUACGAGGUCUGAAUAUGUGCUACGAGCUGCCGUAACUCACUAUGGUCGGCACGAAAAUGGUCACUACAUCUGCUACCGCGAGCACCCCGAACACAUCCAAGCUAGUGAGAGCGACGACCAGCCGAAGCACACUUCCAUGAAGUGGUGGCGGCUCAGCGAUGAUGAUGUAUCUGCAGUCAGUGAGAACCACGUUCUUGGACAAGGUGGAGUAUUCAUGCUUUUCUAUGAGCGUAUGGACAGGUCCGACAGGACCACUUCUGCCUUUGCGCCAACACCUGUACAAACGGUACACCAAGAAGAGUCUACUACCAACAUUCCAAUCGCUGUUGAACUUGAAGAACGAAAUGAGCAGCAGGACUCGACCGCGGAAGGAACGAGAGCUACACCGCAAGACAUCGUCGAGCCAGCGCCAGAGUCUGAAGUAGACCAAGCGCCACCAUUACUACUACCGAGUGUUAGAAAGACAUCAACACCCCAGAAGAUGCGCACCGCUGGUAACAAGAGUCGGCGAAGGUCAUCUGGGUUCUCUUCAUCAUUGCAAGCAGUUGCUGCGACAUGAUGCGGCAUUGGAUGCGAGUAUGUUCUUUUCUAGCAUGGCGUUGGGGUGCACAUUGCGAGAUCGUAGGACGCAUACGAUCAUGGUUGACCGGACCACAGACACUCGAACAAACGUUUUCUACGGUCGCUACAUAGCUUAAUGACAUUAAUGAAGACUGGAUGCAAUUGCGUCAGUAACUUGACCUAA